UUGACGCUAUCAGGAAGUGUGUUUAUUUACGAUGCUUGACACAAAACUUUGAGGUCUUGAAUUACAGUAGCGUUUCCUUUGUUUUGAGGAUUAACUGUGUUUUCUAUGAAAACGAAGUCAUCAAGUCUUGGAUUUGUGUGGGAUUUAUCGCCAUCUGACUGUUUUGACCGUGAGCACUCAACUUGCGCGUGCUAGAUUUAGCUAAGCGGCUAUCUAAACUAGGUGCACCACAUUCUUUCCCUGUCCGUCACCAUAACCAGGCCGAAUUUUGGUCUGUCUGUUGAUGGUGACUGUGUUUCAGUAGCAUUCAUCCUGCCUUGUUUGGUUUGACAAGAGAUGAUCACCUUCUGACAUUGGCAUUAACCCGGCGUCGACAUGGACACGGAAACGCUGUGUCUAUAAGUCGACGAAGAACUGAAACUUUUCGUCUUAAGCGUCUGGAGUAGCUCCCAUCAUCCCUGAGCCAGCAGGAUGUUGGAGGGCCUCGUUGCCUGGGUACUAAACACAUACCUGGGGAAGUAUGUCAGCAACCUGAACACAGAUCAGCUCUCCAUUGCCCUUCUGAAAGGUGCAGUGGAGCUGGAGAACCUCCCUCUGAGGAAGGAUGCCCUCCGAGAGUUUGACCUACCAUUUGAAGUCAAAGCAGGCUUCAUUGGAAAGAUUACUCUCCAGAUUCCUUUCUACCGGCCUCACAGUGACCCGUGGGUCAUCUCCAUGUCCCAGCUCAACCUGAUCAUCGGCCCCACCCAGCAGCACGAGUACGACGGGGAGAGGGAGAGAGAGGAGGAGAGAGAGCGCAAAAAACGCCUCCUCAGGGCUCUCGAAGACAGAUUUAAAAGUGAGUGUGAGCAGAGAGGAGAGUCGUACUGGUACUCUGUCACUGCCUCAGUUGUCACCAGGAUUGUGGAAAACAUCGAGCUGAAGAUCCAAGAUGUACAUCUCAGAUUUGAAGAUGACACCUCCAACCCAGAGAAACCAUUUUCCUUUGGGGUUCGCAUCAACAACGUUUCUGCCCAGAACCCCUCCAAAGAGUCGGUGCAGAAGCUCCUCCGACAGAAGCAGCUGGAGAUCCAAGGCUUCUGUGUCUACUGGGACACAGAGUGUGAAAUGCUGGGAGUGCUGCCUGCUGUCACUGUGCAGGAAGCAAUGAUCCAGUGCAUGCAGAGCCAUGAGCAUCAGUACAUCUUUGAACCUGUGUGUGCCUCCGUGCUGCUCAGAAGAAACGCCUCCAAGGAGCCUCUGAGGUCCCGACAAACCCCGCGGAUCGAAGGCCAGGUUCAGCUGGAGCCCAUGUCCUUACGCCUGUCACAGAUCCAGUACCAGCAGAUCAUGGCGUUCCUAAAAGAGCUGGACCGGCGGGAGAGAGAGAUGCUGUACCGUAAGUGGAGGCCCAAAGUCCCUGUUUCUGAGAACUGUCGGCAGUGGUGGACGUUUGCCAUCCAGGCCAACCUGAGUGAGAUCAGGGAGCGGCGGCGGCGAGGCAGCUGGGACUUUGUCCUGCAGCGGGCACGAGACGCCCAGACCUACACCAGCCUUUACUUCAGAAGGCUCAAAGCAGUCCCACUGAGUCCUCAGGAAGAGAGUGAACUGGAGCGAGUGGAAGAGGAGCAGAUGAUAGAGGAGCUACAGAUUCUCCGAGAAAUUGUCCACGACUGGUUUCGAAAGCAGGAAGAAAUGGCAGAGAAUGCGCGAGAGCCCAGCAGCGACCCCCAGCCAUGUCCGCCCACCACAUCCAUCCCUAAGAGUGGCAGGGCCGGGAUGAUACAGUACUUGCAGUCGUCUUGGUUCCCAGGCUGGGGGGGCUGGUAUGGAGAUGCCCAGGACCCCGACAGGCCUGAAGAGCUCCUGCCGAGUCCGUCCUCCUGGGAUCUUCUAGCAGAGACAGAAGACCUAUUUGACCCGUUGGAGGACUCUCACACCCUGAACACGUUCACCAAGCGAGACCACCUGUUUGCCCGGCUGGAGUUCUUUCUGGAGAAGGGCGGAGUCACACUCUUCCACGAGGACAGGCGCGAGGGCACGCUGCAUGAGAGUGGGGUCAUCCAGCUGGAAUUUUCAGGUGUGAAGGUGACUGUGGAGUCUCUGCCUCGCUCCGAGUCCUCCCUGCUGUCUGUUAAGCUGGGUGGCUUGUUCCUGAGAGACCUGACCACCCAGGACACCAUCUUCCCUGUGCUGGUGUCGCCCAAAACGGACAAAGUUGUUUUUGCCAUCAAUCAGCCAUCUGGCCAGUCCAGCAGUACCUCUGGAUGCAGUUCAGAAUGCUUGUCAUCACCAGUGUUUGAGAUGAUUUAUGAGCGUAACCCUGCGCGGUGUAAGUUUGAGAGAAAACUGGAAGUGAACACUAGUCCACUGAACAUCAUCUACAAUCCACAAGCUAUCAAAAAAGUGACAGAGUUUUUCUAUAAAGGAAGAGUUCACACCUCAGGUUUUGGGUAUCAGUCGGAGCUGGAGCUGAGAGUGGCAGAGGCUGCUCGGAGGCAGUACAACAAGCUGAAGAUGCAGACCAAGGCAGAGAUCCGACAAACCAUUGAUCAGCUACUUGUGGGAGAGUUUAUUGAAAACAGUAAGCGCUGGACCAUGAAACUGGACAUCUGUGCACCCCAGGUGAUUUUUCCUGAUGACUUCCAGUCAGGAGACCCAAUGCUAGUUGUUGUUGAUUUAGGCAGGAUUCUCCUCACAAACUCUCAAGAUGACACUAAGGCCGGCUCAAAAGCUCCGCAGCCUGAAAAUGAAGAGAUGAGUGAUGAUGAGUACCAGACACCUCUUGCCACCCCACCCGAGUCUCCACCACCUGAACUAGACAUGCCUCUGAAAGCAGAGGUCAAAGGCCUCGAGCCGUUCAGCCUCAGAUCCCCUGAAAAUACGCAGGCAUAUAGCAGGAUACUGUAUGAAAAAUACUGCUUGUCAUUUAAGGACCUGCAGAUAAUGGUGGGCCGCUAUAAGGACAACUGGAAACAUCUUCAGGAGAGUGAGGUAGGCCCCACUCAUGUGGUGGAGAAGUUUAAUGUGUUGCUGCAGCUGGAGCAGAGACUGCGCUACACAUCAGACCCCCAGCUCCCCGGGGCCGUGCUGUCAGGGACACUUCCAGACCUCAAGCUCCACAUCAACCUCGAGAAGAUGACCGCUCUUAGAAGUUGUCUGGCUAGGUUAAGCAGUCCAACUGUCACUGAAGGGGACAAAAGCAAAGACAGAGGUCUUGAUAUAAGGUCUCCUGACCCUCUUACCCUCCGCCAUGACAAGAUCUUUAAGAGGGAGGACAGCUCCUGGAAGCUACAAGACUCUGCCAGGAACCUCACCCAGAGCGUCAUGACCUUAGAGCAGCACACACGAGAAGUCUUGGUGGAAUCCCGGCUACUGUUAGCUGAAUUCAACAUUAACUACAUGCAGCUUGGCGUAGAGAGUGAUGGCCGCUACAUAUCUGUUCUCAAGGUAUUUGGCAUCAAUGCUCAUUUUGUUAAGCGGCCUUAUGAUGCUGAAGUCUCUCUGACUGUCCAUGGUCUUCUGCUGGUGGACACCUUACAGACCUAUGGCUCAGACUUCGACCUCCUUGUGGCCUCUCAUAAGCAUCUGAGUUUUGACAUACCCACGGGCAGCAUCCGAGAGAGCCAGCCUUCGUCCCCUGUAUCGUCCCCUGAUGGCAGGUCUCCGGAACAUCAGGGCCAUUAUACUGAGUCACCCUCUGGUGUGCCCAUGGAGAGAAUCUCCCCCAGUUCCUUUCUCAAUGACCAGGAGGCCUUAAUUAAGCUUGAGUACCAGUUUGUAAGCUCAGACUGCCCCUCCAUGAACCUAGACAGCUCCCUCCAGGUGACAAGCAUGCAGGUCAAUAACCUGGAUAUUAUUCUUAACCCUGAGACCAUGGUGGAGCUACUCAAGUUCCUCCAGAAGUCUUUCCCCAAAGAAGAAAGCACCUGGAUGUCAUCAGCACAACAACCUACAAUGCAGCCUGAAGAGGGGACGUAUCAGGCCAUCUAUGACCAGAACAAAGAGCUGACUGUGGAGAUCCACCGCCUUAACCUGCUUCUCCUUCGGACUGUGUCCACCGGCACUGUCCUGGCUUCUGAGAAGAAAGGGUUGAAGAUUGCCACUGCCAGCAUCAGUGGCACCAAGGUUAAUGUGUCCAUGGGCAGCCGGCUGGACAUCAACGGUUCACUUGGGUCUAUGCAGUUAGUGGACUUGACCCCGGAGGGAGGCCGAAGCCAGUUUGUGGUCAGCAUUGGCAAUGUUGAGGAUGCCUCCUCAUAUCUUGGCAGAUUAACGUUCCUCACAGAUAAAGGAGAUUCUCCCUCAGAAGCUCUAAAUUUUCACCUCAUGGAGAAAACCCAAGGGGAGUGUUCCUUGGAACUUCACAUGGCAUCCCUGCACUAUAACCACUCAGCCAAGUUCCUGAAGGAGCUGAGUCUGUCUGCCAACGAAGUUGAAGACAAUUUCCGCUCUAUGUUGAAAAGUGCUGCCACCAAAGUGUCAACAGUUCUAGCCACUAAAACGGCAGAGUACAGUGGUAUGGUUUCUCUCUUUGAGACUCCCUCACGGAGAACUCGAACUCAGAGUCAGAGCUGGGCUUUUUCAUUUGAAGAUGAGAACGAUGUUUCCAUGGAGGAACCCAAGUCCUCCUUAGACACAUUCCUAGUGAAGCUGACCCUGGAUAUCAGCAUCGAAUCACCUGUUGUGUUUAUUCCCCGUAAACACGGACACCCUGAGCUUUUGGUCGGUCAUCUGGGAAGCAUAAAAAUCCAGAACUUUGUCACUGGGCAAGACUCUGAAGAAGAGAGGUUGCAGGUGCUGGUCAGAGAUAUCCGGCUGUAUUCACUCAACAUGAGUCAUUUGGUUUUGAAGAGGCCACCCAGAGGGGAUACCGCUGGCAGCAUGUCACCAUCUGGCAGUGGGAGCAUCAGUCAGGAUGAGCCACAGUUCACCCGCCAUGACUUCUUUGAAUCCCUCGACCGUGGAGAAGCCUUCCAUAUAUUGAAAGACACCACUAUUCAGUUCACCCUGGAGAAAGUUCCUGUUGAUGAUGAUGCUCAGUUUACCCUCCUCACCGCAGAGGAGCAGUCCUGCAAGAGCACAGGGCUGCUGAGAGUUGAGGGCAAAUUUGUCAACCCUGUUCAGGUGUUCCUGUGCAAGUCUGUGUAUGAACAGGUCCUCCAGACGCUCGACAAUUUGUCCCUAAAGGAGGAGCAACGUGUCACACCCAGCCGGCCGCCCACACCCCCGCCACCAACUCCUUCCUCCACCAGACCUCACCGCUUUCCUGACCCCCAGGGAGGGCUCUUUGCAAGGGACCCUCCCCAUAUGAGCUUCUCCCACAUGUCACUUUCUUCUCCUUUGCCUCUACAGUCACACAAACCUGCUCUUCACUCGCCCUCGUUCACUCAGCUAAGAGUCACUUUACACGUGGCAGAACUGCAGGUCCAGCUCAGUACUGAUCUCACCCAGGGCUCCCAGGGCUUAGUCAGUCUACGCUUCCAAGAUCUGGAGGGAGACUUUACUAAAGACCACCCUCACUCGCUGGCAGUCCAGUUGGCUCUGCGCUCGCUUCUAAUGGAGGACCUCCUGGAGCAGAACCCUGAGUCCAAGUACAAACAUUUAAUGGUGUCUCGAGGAGCUCCCAAGCCCUCCACCUUCAAUCCAAAGGAGUACCUCUCCCAAAGCUGUCCAUCUUCAUCCAAUGCCCUGUACCCAGACAUGCCUCGCUCACUGCCUGCCCACAUGGAGGAGGCCCAGAACGUCUUCCAGCUCUACCAGAGGCAUCCCAACGCCCCUUCAGCCAGCAGUUGCAAAUCCAAGAGGGGUCCGGACUGUCCCAGCACUCCACCUCCCUCUCCUUCCCGACAUGGGCCCUCUCCUCAGCCACCCCCAAACUUUGAUGACACAUUAGUUCAUAUCAACAUACUGCUGGUGGACCAGAACCACCCAGAGUUCAAAACGCGCUAUGGCAGCGUGGGGCGGAGUGUGGAUGUUGACUUUAACUGCCUGGAUGUUCUGAUCACGUUGCAGACCUGGGUGGUUAUUCUGGACUUCUUUGGUAUUGGCUCCACAGCCAAUAAUCAUGCAGUAAGGGUCCCCCCCAUGUCACUUCAGCCUGUGCCAGGACACCCUCUGUAUGAGCCAGACAUCAGUGAGGAGGAGACAGCAGAUGCCAUCAACACCAAAGUGGACCUAAAGGUUCAUUCUCUGUCUCUUGUACUGAACAAGAAGCUCAACGAACUUGCCAGAGCGAGUGUGUCCAAAUUAUCAGCUCAUCUGGAAAUGUUGGAUGGUGACCUGGCAUUACAAGGCAGUUUGGGAAGUUUGUCCCUGAGUGACCUGACCCCACAUGGCGAUCUCUACCGAGAACGCUUCACCACACGAGGAGGGGAGGCUCUUAUUUUCAACAUCCAUAAGUACGACCAGCCUGAUCCUGACCUGGAGCGGGACUACGACAUCAAGGUGUCUGUGCAGAUGGCUUCAGUGCAGUACGUCCAUACCCAGCGCUUCCAAGCCGAGGUGGUGGCUUUCAUCCAGCACUUCACCCAGCUGCAGGAUGUCCUUGGCAGGCAGAGGGCUGCCGUGGAGGGACAGGCUGUGCGGGACCAUCCUCAGCGGGCAUCCAGGAUUCUGCUGGAUAUUGACGCUGGCGCCCCGGUUAUUGUCAUUCCAGAGAGUUCACGGUCACCAAGGGUCAUUGUGGCCAACCUCGGCCAGCUGAGGGUGCAGAACUGCUUCCUGCCAGCUGGGGCUCACGGGACCUUUUCCCUCCGAGACAAGGAGCGUGUCCAGAGUGCAGCAGGGAGUAACAGUGAGCAGCUGAAGCCUAGAGCCUCCCCCACCAGCUGCUCCUCCUCCACAGGCUUCACCCUCAGCAGGUCACAGGCCCCAGAUGCAGGCAGGACCCCAGAGGAGGACGGUUCCCACAGCUCAGUAGAAGACCAUGUGUGCCUGUUGGACUGCAUUGCACUGGACCUGCAGGAGAUGGAUAUCUUUGCUGCCGAGCGUCUGCCCUGUCAGACCUGGGACAGUGGUGGUAAACCCCCGGAAACCUCAGACCUCAUCUUUCCUUCAUACUCGAUCCGUCGCAUUGGAGGCAACCUGCUGAAAGACUGCUGCCGCCUCAAGCUGAAAGUGGAACGCAACCUGGACAAGGAGCUGAGCCAUGGAGUACCUGACAUGUCCAUCCACGGCAGCCUGUCCUCAGUGCACUGCUCCCUGGACCUGGAGCACUACCGGUUGAUCCGAGGACUGCUGGACAACAACCUGGGAGAGUCUGUUGAUGAGUUCCUGAGGCCCUAUAACCUGCAGGACCCCAGCACCUAUACGGUGCUGAGUGGAGAUGUUUACACCAACUUGUCCUUCCUGGUGGACAUGAUGGAUGUCAGUCUGGAGCUCUUGGACAGCCCCAAACCCACUGAACACAAAUGCUCAUUAGCAAGGUUUGACUUCAUGAAAUCCAAGCUGCUGUUUGAAAAUUUCUCCAAUGGAUGCAAGUCUGUCAACCUGGUAUCUCACUCCCUGCUGGCAUAUGACACACGGUACACUGGGCCCAGUAAAAGCACUGGUGGAGCUGACGGGGCAAAACACAAUGUCUUUGACUGCAUCCUCCAGCCCUCCAAAGCAGGCACCAACCGGGCAUCGCUGCAGCUGGAACUGCAUUACAGAUCCACACGUGACUCCUCCUGCUUCACGGUCGUGCUCAACAACCUGAGGGUCUUGGUCAUCUUCGACUGGCUCCAGCUGAUGCGAGACUUCCUGCAGGUGCCUGCAGAGAACGUGUCAGGAGGCAUCGUGACUCGUCAGCGCUGGCCCAGUAACACCAGCACUGACUCGGGCACCGGCACCGCUGGAGCUGUCAUGCCAAAGACGGUCAAGAGUGGCGUGGUCACCAAGAGGUCCACGGUGCCGGUCACCGAGGACCGCUGUCUGGAGGUCAAGAUCAACGUCACAGGCACAGAGUUUGUGGUUGUGGAGGACUCAUCCUGUCUGGACACCAACGCCAUCAUUCUAAAAGGCACCACAGUCCUCACCUAUAAACCCCGCCUGCUGGACAGACCGUUCUCUGGCAGCCUCGCAGGAAUAGAGGUGUUCUCAUGUCGGCUGGGCAGUGAGCAGGAGACAGCGCUGUCCAUCAUCGACCCCGUCAAUGUCCAGGUGGAGCUGUGUGGGAGCCCCACGUACCCAAGUAGCUCAGGUCUCCUGGACGCCUUCAAUGUGGAGGACAUCCCGCCUCUGCUGGAGAUUCAGUUUCCUACUCUGGACAUCCGUCUGUCCUACAACGACAUUCAGCUCUUCUUGGCCAUCGCCAGGUCCAUCCCUACUACUGGCACUGCAGUGUCAUCUGACUCUGACACCAGCACUGAGCCCGCUGCCACACCCAAAGACCGCUUUAGGCAAAAGACUGAGGCCCUCAUAGAUGGUCAGCUGACCCACUUACAAGACCUUGGCUUCAGGAAAGAGGACUGCAAAAGAGCCCUGAUUCACUGUAAAGGCCAGCUGGACCAGGCAGCCACGUGGCUACUGGAGAAUGCUGAGAACAUGGCGGGCCAUCCCAGAGCCAGGGCUGACUCCGGCUCCCACAGCCACUCAGCUCCUCUGUCUGGGGUGGAGGUGAAGGCUGAGAGCGUCUGCAUCUGUUUCAUUGAUGACUGCCUGGACUGUGACAUACCACUGGCUGAGUUCACCUUCUCCAGGCUUUGUGCACUGCAGCGCAUUGGAUCCAUCCAGGAAGGCAACGCCAGCUUCACUCUGUCUGGAGACUACUACAACAGGGAGUUGUCAGGCUGGGAGCCCUUCAUCGAGCCCUGGCCCUGCUCCCUGUCCUGGCAGCAGCAGGCCGCCGGCCGCCUCCACCCUCCGCGCCUCAAGAUGGGGAUUCGAGCCAAGCAGAGACUUGACGUCAACAUCACCUCUGUCCUGCUGGAGCAAUACACCUCCACCAAGAGCUCCUGGUUAGCAGACUACUGUAACGAGGAGGAGCAGACCCACCAGCCGGCACCCCCCCUCCCCUGGGUGGGCUCUUCAGUCGACCCGCCCAGCGUCGGACAGAGUGUGCCUCUUGCUCACCUUAGAACUAGGAGCACAGCCAGCUUGACCUGCCUCGAGCAGCAGAUUCACUCCAGAGCAGAAGUCAAACUGUCCAAGAGGAGGCAGCCGUUCGUGCCAUAUGCUCUGCGCAACCACACAGGAUGCACCAUGUGGUUUGCUACUCUGACUACGACCCCCACAAGGGUGGCGCUGUCACACAGCAGUAGUGCAGACUCAGACGCCUACGGCCCAGGAACCGAUGACACCCACAACGUCAGCCAGUGGAGAGAGGUGCUGCCUGGGGAGGAGAUCCCCUUCGAGUUUGAAGCCCGUGAGAAACUGCGCCACCGACACACUCAUGAGCUGAAGCUGCACCAGCUGCUGGUGCGGGUGUGCGGCUGGGAGCAGGUCAAGCCAGUGUCUGUGGACAAAGUGGGCGUUUUCUUCCGUUAUGCUGCUCCAGACAGAAACAACUCCUCCAACACUGUUGGCAGUCCUAUCAGCAGGACCAACAUCAUCCACCCACAUGUUUACUUCUCGGCCCUUCCUCUUGUCCGAGUGGUCUUUGCCAUCACGAUGGAGGGCAGUGCCAGGAAGGUCAUCACGGUCCGCUCUGCGCUCAUGGUGAAGAACCGGCUCGAUGUGCCUAUGGAGGUCAGACUCGACAGCCCGUCGGCUCCUGACAAGCCUGUGGUGUUGUCUCCCAUCCUGCCUGGCCAGGCCUCGGCAGUCCCCCUGCACCUGACGUCCUGGCGGUUGCAGGCUCGGCCCAAAGGCCUGGGCUUGUUCUUCUGUAAGGUUCCCAUCCACUGGACCAGCGUGGAGCGGCCCGGAGAGGUCAGCAGCAGUAAGAAGAAGUGUCAGUCCGCGGACUUCGACGACAACGUCAAGAGUAGUUUCAGGUUUUGUGUCAUCAUCAAAAAGGAGAACUACCCGGACCAGCUGCCAGCCAAGAAGGUUUCUGGCAGUUCACAGGAGAUCUAUCGACAGCCAGGCCACACCAUCUACCUGCUGCCCACCAUGGUGCUGGCCAAUCUUCUGCCCUGUGACCUCAGCUUCUACAUCAAAGGAACGUCCAUCAGAGGCUCCUUGAAGCCGGGGAAAGAGGCCGUGCUUCACGCCACCGACACUUCGCAGAACAUGGAGCUAGGAGUCCUGCUGGAGAACUUCUCCGAGUGCAAAGAGCUGCUGAUUCCUCCUGGGACCCAGAACUAUGUGGUACGCAUGAGGGUGUACGACACCAACAAACGUCUGCUUUGCCUCACCAUCCGCAUCGUCCUGCGAGCACAGGGUGCUCUGAAGAUCCUCAUUUCUGCCCCCUACUGGCUUAUCAACAAGACUGGUCUGCCGCUAAUUUUCCGUCAGGACAAUGGCAAAACUGAUGCUGCAGGACAGUUUGAGGAGCAUGAGUUGGCCCGGAGCCUCAGCCCGUUGCUGUUCUGCUACACUGACAAGGAGCAGCCUGCUAUGUGUACUAUGCGGAUCGGAAAAGGGAUCCACCCAGACGGAGUUCCAGGCUGGUGCCAGGGCUUUUCCCUGGACGGAGGGAGUGGGGUCAGGGCGGUGAAAGUUAUCCAGCACGGGAACAGGCCUGGCCUCAUCUACAACAUAGGCGUCAGUGUGCGGAAAGGAAAGGGACGCUACAGGGACACUCACAUAGUGACCUUUGCCCCACGCUACCUACUGGACAACCGCUCGACUCACAAACUGGCCUUCGCUCAGAGAGAGUUUGCCAGAGGAAAGGGUACUGCCAACCCCGAGGGUUACAUCUCCACCCUGCCGGGCUCCAGCGUUGUCUUCCAUUGGCCCCGCAACGACUACGACCAGCUGCUGUGUGUGCGCCUCAUGGACACGCCAAACUGCACCUGGUCUGGCGGCUUCGAGGUCAACAAACCAAAGUCCUUCCACGUCAACAUGAGGGACACCCUGGGGAACUGCUUCUUCCUGCGGACAGAGAUCAGCCUGAAGGGAGCCACCUACCAGGUCUCCUUCAACGACGCUGACCAGCUGCCUCCACCCUUCCGCAUUGACAACAUCUCUGAGGUGCCUAUCCAGUUCUGGCAGCACGGUGUGGCUGACAUCCGGCUGCACACAGAGGUGAAGGCGGGCUCGAUGCUGGACUACGCCUGCGACGAGCCCACCCUGCCCCCCUACCUCACGCUGACUGUGAAGGGAGCCGGAUCCUCCGAGGUCACGGCCGACAUGAACUUCUUCAGAGAAUACAACAAGCUCUACUAUGAGAACUUCAUCUACAUCGCAGCCACGCACACUUUCUCACAGGAAGCCGAGAAGAGACCUGUUGGAAUGAAGCGUCUGGUGAGCUGUGCUGAACUCGUUCUCGAUGUGGACACAAAGACUCAGAGGGUCAUCCUGAAAAAGAAGGAGCCAGGGAAGCGCUCCCAGCUGUGGAGGAUGACGGGCAAUGGCAUGCUAUGUCACGAGGGCUCAUCUCCACCGCAGAGCAAGCCGGCCCAGCCACGCCCACUGGACUCUUCUCUGGUGCUGGACAUCGCCGGGCUCGCGGCUGUUAGCGACAACAGUUUUGAGCCUUUGAUGCUGAGGAGGCCCGACUCACGCCGCAGCACCACCCAGACGUGGUACUUCAGCUCAGGCAUGCUGACCUGUGUCCUUACCCGGCUGGUGGUGCAGGUGAAGGGCGGCGUGGCCGGACUCUAUGAUGGAUCAGAGGUGGUGCUGGGACCAGACUCGGGGCUGCUGGAGCCUGGCCCUGAGCAGCUGUUCAUCAACCAGAAAAUGAGACCUGGUUCUGGUGUGCUGUCGGUCCAGGUGCUGCCAGACGGACCCACACGGGUCCUGCAGAUCAGUGACCUCAACCAGAGGCGGCCGGUCUGGAGCUCCCCCAGCACAGAGCAGGACCAGAGCAGAGACGACGUGAAGAGGGAGCCUGAGCAGGAGCUGGAGGUGCUGGUGAACUUGGAUGAAGGUCUGGGUGUGUCUCUGGUCAACAAGGUCCCAGAGGAGCUUGUGUUCACUACACUGUCUGGUAUAGAUGUGCACUUCACUCGCACUGCUGCCAACGAGGUGUUGGAGCUCAGCAUUCAGAACAUCCAGGUGGACAACCAGCUGCUGGGGACCACCCACCCUGUGAUGCUGUGUGUCACCCCCAGCUCCAGUGACAGCGGCCCCGCCCUGCAGGUCAACUCUGUCAAGGUCCCCAGCAGCCUUAUGCUCACUGAUCUCUUCAAGCACCUCAUGGUGACGGCCCAACGCUUCACAGUCAUCAUUGAAGAGAAACUGCUGCUCAAGCUGCUCAGCUUCUUUGGAUACGGACAGAUAGAGGCUGAGCUGGAGAAGUUGGAUGAAAACCUCUACGAGAAACCCAACGAGAAUGCAGGACCCCUGAAACGUUACUACUUUGAGAACUUGAAGAUCAGCCUCCCUCAGGUCAAACUGAGCAGCUUUACCUCUCACAAGCUGCCUCCUGACCUCAAGGCUCUGAAAGGCACCCUGGGCUUUCCUCUGGUUCGCUUUGAGGAUGCUGUCAUCAACAUGUACCCGUUCACCAGAGUGCACCCCUACGAGACCCAGGAGAUCAUCAUCAAUGACAUCCUCAAGCACUUCAGAGAGGAGCUGAUCAGUCAGGCAGCUCAGAUCCUGGGCUCCGUAGACUUCCUGGGAAACCCAAUGGGCCUCUUCAAUGACGUCAGUGAGGGCGUGUCUGAGCUCAUCAGGUACGGCAACGUGGGCGGUCUCAUCCGUAACGUGACCCACGGUGUGUCCAACUCCGCUGCUAAGUUUGCAGGGACUUUAUCAGAUGGGUUGGGGAAAACCAUGGACAACCGGCACCAGACUGAGCGAGAGUACAUCAGAUACCACGGGGCCACCAGCGGAGAGCACCUGAUCGCAGGGAUCCAUGGACUGGCUCAUGGUAUCAUUGGAGGUAUGACGAGCAUCAUCACCUCCACAGUGGAGGGGGUGAAGACAGAGGGCGGAGUCAGCGGCUUCUUCUCAGGUCUGGGUAAAGGUCUGGUCGGCACAGUGACCAAGCCGGUGGCUGGGGCUCUGGACUUCGCCUCAGAGACGGCGCAAACGGUCCGGGAGAUGGCUAGUCUCAGUAACCACAGGCUCGGUGUGCAGCGCGUCCGGAAGCCUCGCUGCUGUAAGGGACCUCAGGGUCUGCUGCCUCGCUACUUGGCUGUACAGGCUGACGGUCAGGAGCAGCUCUUCCAGCUCACCGACAACAUCCACUCCGAGUACUUCAUCGCUGUGGAGCCCAUCGACAGCUACUGCGUCCUCAUCUCCUCCAAAGUGGUCUACUUCCUGAAGCCGGGGGACUACGUGGACCGUGAGGCCAUCUUCCUGGAGGUCAAGUAUGAUGACCUCUACCACUGUCUGGUCUCUAAGGAUCAUGGGAAGGUGUAUGUGCAGCUCACCAAGAAGGCUGAGAGUACCGGCAGUGGUGUCGCCAUUCCUGGCCCCUCCCACCAGAAACCCAUGGUCCAUGUGAAGAGUGAGAGUCUCGCCAUCAAAAUCUCUCAAGAAAUCAACUACGCAAAGAGUCUGUACUACGAGCAGCAGCUCAUGUUGCCGGCCAGUGAGAAUGAGGACUGCUUACUGCUCGAGUCCUGAUCGGCUGACUUUCUACGAAGGCGUCUGAAGGGUUACUAACUUUUCUUAGCACCUUGGAAGGUGGUUUUUAUUGGUUCUUAUAGGCCUCAGGUAUACUUAGAGUUUGACAAGCAGCAGUAAAGGUAACAGUCACCUGUGCACUUUAAGUCACAUGACCUGACGUUUGACAUAGUACAAACAUGUACAGGAUAUAAAAAAGAAAUCUAUAAGGCUGUGUAUAUGUAGAAAACACUAACACACUGGUUCACAUAUCCUACGGGUGUCCUCCCUUUGUGAAUAGACUGAACUAUAAAUAGCUUUACUAUAAAUCAGUGUACAUAAUGUAUUAAUUAUGAAGUAUGGAGCAGAACAGACGCUGAUAUAACGUGAAAUGUAACAGUCUGCCUUUACAAACUGUAUUUUGUGCAUAAGAGACUGAGGCUGUAUGCGCCUCUCACAUCCUGGAGCUGCCUGUCACUAUCAGACGUGCUUUUAUAAUGAGCCCUGUGUUCUUUUCUCCUCUGAGGGACAGUGGGGAUGUACAGUACCUCUGACCAGGCUCUACCUUUUACACAACUUGUUGAAGACUUACAUGUUCAUGUGCAGAGCUUUGGGUUUGGUUUGGCGUAAGAUUUUCUUGAGCUGAGAUGUGUAAUAGAGCAGAAGUGGAGUCCAG